AUGGGUGAUGAUGCCCAGUGUUCCCUGAGAAGUCAGGUCGUGGGUGAUGACCCCCAGUAUACCCGGAGACGACGGAUCGUGGGUGAUGACCCCCAGUAUCCCCGGAGACGUCAGGCCAUGGAUGCCUACGAUCUCCCGUGCGCCCGCAUUGCCCGUGAAGCCAACAUAAUCAUCAUUUCUGUGGAGUACCGACUGGCUCCAGAGCACCCAUUUCCUGCUGGUUUCGAUGACUGUGUCCAGGUGGCGCUUCAUGUGUUGACACAAGGUCGUGACCUCGGCCUUGACCCAAACAGGAUCUCAGUUGGAGGCGACAGUUCUGGUGGAAAUAAUGCUGUGGCAGUUUCCUUGGCGCUGAGGGACGAAAAGACAAAACCGGCACUGAAAGCACAGAUCUUGAUAUACGGGAUCUACCAAUAUUGCGACAAAUCCCUGCCAGCCAUGAAGCUGCGUGAAGAGUAUGAGAAACCCACGGCAAUGUCUACAUAUUUCAUUGACUCAUAUUUCAAUUUAACAGCGGCUCAAAGUGAACUUCUUAUAGCAAGGAAUUUCUCCACACCGGAAUUAGUGCAGCGAUGUACCAAACUCGUUGAUUACAGACUUCUCCCAAAUGAACUUAUUCCUGAUGGCUAUGAACCGGAAGUGACACUUGCAAGCUCUGUAACCGAUGACGUCAAGUACAUCAGCAGGAUGUUCAGUGACCCCAGGGCGGCCCCAAUGAUGGAGGAGAAUCUGAAGAAUCUGCCAGCUUCUCUGGUUGUGGCUGCGGAAUGGGAUCCACUUCGCGACGAAAACUUCAUCUUAGCUGAGAGGCUGAAACAAGCUGGGAACAAAGUUCAGCUUAAGUACCUGCCAGACUCGUUUCAUGGAAUCAUGAAUGCAGUAGAUUAUGAGAAGUUUGGGUUCGAUGCUGGUUCGACAUUUAUGAACAGCGUUGUAGAUUUUAUUAAGAAAGAAAUGUAA